CGCUCUCUCCGGGUUUCCCCCCGACAGGUUACCGAGGCGAGAUAGGCCGCGGCCAGAUGUGGGGCGGGAGAACUGGCGCCUUGCUCCGGGUGUCGGGGCUGUGGCCAGCAGGGGUCCUCGGAAGGAGACCGCUAAGCUGCAAUGCUGCGUCUCUGGCGGGAAGGAAUUCGCCCCAGUGUUGGAACUGCGGCGGCCCAGGGGGCCCCAUGCGGGAGCAUGGGUUCUUCUGCCCACAGUGCCGCGCGCUGCAGCCACCUGACCCCACUCGAGAUUACUUCAGCCUCAUGGACUGCAACCGUGCCUUCAGAGUUGACACAGCAAAGCUCCAGACUAGGUACCAGGAACUACAGCGUCUUGUCCACCCUGAUUUCUUCAGCCAGAGGUCUCAGACUGAAAAGGACUUCUCAGAGAAGCAUUCAACCCUGGUGAAUGAUGCCUAUAAGACCCUUCUGGCUCCCCUGAGCAGGGGACUAUACCUACUAAAGCUCCAUGGAUUAGAGAUUCCUGAAGGGACAGAUGAUGAAAUGGACAGGCAAUUCCUCAUGGAAAUAAUGGAAAUCAAUGAAAAACUUGCAGAAGCUCAAAGUGAAGCUGCCAUGAAAGAGAUUGAAUCUAUUGUCAGAGCUAAACAGAAAGAAUUGACUGACAAUGUGAGCAGAGCUUUUGAACAAGAUGAUUUGGAAAAAGCCAAGGAAAUGUUAACAAAGAUGAGAUACUUUUCAAAUAUAGAAGAAAAGAUCAAGUUAAAGAAGAUUCCCCUCUAAUGAUUACUAGUUUAAAAGUUUCCAAAAAAAAAAGUUUCAAAAAUAAAGUUCUUGUAUAUUUC